AUGGCGAUGGCUGAAAAGAAAAAUGAGUACCCACCAGGGGUCGAAGCUGAUAGAAAGCUGCUUCGUUUCGAUACGUGGGAAGAUUAUCUGGAUUCGCUUAUAGAAAUUGCUGACCUUAGGAAUUUGAGGAGCAUAGCUUCUGCGAGAACUAUUGCUGCUCUUGGAUACAGAGCAUACGGAGAUACCCUAUCAGAACGGGAAUUCUACAGCCGCCGAUCUGCUAUUCAUGAGAUAGUAUAUCCUAAAGGAAAGCCGUACGUCCUUGUCAGUGAAGGAGCAAACUUAGAGGAUUCCUUCAAUAGAGAGCUGGCUGUAAGAGAGCGCGCUAAUAGAGUUGGAAUUCUACAGUCUAUAAUCUUCAUCCGCCACUACACAAGAGGGGGUUUCGAGAUAUCAGGGUACAUAGACUACGCUCACAGGCUGAUCUCUGAGAACUGGACCGCAUUCUUCAAGCAAGGCAAGACUCUAUGGCCGAGGGACAGUGACCUCGGUUACUACCAUUGGCGUCAUGGAACUGUUAGAAGCAAUAUUAGCAGGAAUUAUAAGCCAGUAAUGGAUCCGGACAGAGGUCUGCUCUUCCAGAACCGUCAUGACCACAAAAUCAUUUGUCCGGAUCCUCAACAAGAUCCGGGUCAGAACACGACGAAGCAACGCGUGUACUCGCCAAAAUAUACACAAAUUGAAAUCUAUGAUCAUGUCGUAAGAAGGAGAAGUUAA